AUGUUUUUUGCAUUGUUCUCCUUGAUUGAGUUUUUUGUAUUUGUUCUCAACGGAUUUGCCAUUGUCAACAGAGAACGGGUCUUGAACAGGGUAAGAUUGCUUUUUGUUUCCUAUCUUUAUACGAUUGCUUCUUUCCUUAUGUUUGAAAUAAAUCUUGGAAGCUGCAAACAUCUUUUAAUUUACCUUUUUUUAGUAUUUGAAGUCGAGAGAGCACUCUUUUGACAAUCAACAUCAGGAUUCUGCUUUUUAUCGACUUGUGCAGCUGAUUAUCUCCAUCCAAACUGUACUGAGAGGUAGGUUAACAUAAUGUUUUUCCAACUUGUUAUUUAGUUCCCCUGAUCUUCCUCAACUCGUUGAUCAUUGUGGUGAAGUUGGUGGUCGGGUAAGAAAAUGAGCGAGCAAACCUUCAACGAAGUUACCUCUCUCGAGUACAACACCUUAAAAGUGCCUUAUGAAUUGUUAAACAAAAAGUUCCGAGCCGCGCAAAAGAACAUCGACCAGCAGGUUUUCCAGUCGAAAAGGAGCAAAGCGUUUCUGGCUGAUAUCUUGAAGUCUGACCAACCUAUUGACCUUGAACCUGUAAGCUAAUAUCAUGUGUGGUGUUAAUUAGUUAUCUAAAUAAAUAAUUUAUUCUUGCCGUACUUUAUUAAAAUUUGUGUUUUUAAGGUGCGGAGCGGGUUUUGUCAGAUAACUGAUCGGCUUAGGAAGUUUGCGAAAACCUUUGAAGAUAGUCUAGAUGAAGAAGAAGCCGCGGCCAAAUCUUUCGGGAGCAGGACCAAGUAUUUGAAACAGGUACAAUAAUGAGACGUUAAAACUUGUACAGCCAUGUUUUAGAAUGUUCGUUGAGUUAUAUAACGCGUUCUUACAGGGGAUGUCGUCAGAUCCAACGGUUCUAUCAGCAUUUAGAAAACAAAGGACCAAUCGUUUCAUUAUUGAUUACCUACUUCGAGGUGGGUACUUCGAGACGGCUCAGAAGCUGGCGGAAUAUGUUGGCAUAGAGAAUAUAGACAAAAAUGUGUUUCACAUCGCCAAGCAAGUGGAAGAUGCCCUACAACGACAUGACCUGUCUAUAUGCUUGAAUUGGGUUCUUGACAACCGAUCUAAACUUCAUCGACUUCACUCCAACUUCGAAACUGAGGUCCGAGUGCAACAACUGAUAGAGUUAAUUAAAAAUGGUCAGAGGCAAGAAAGCAUUAACUUCUUCAGAGCAACAUUUGGUGGCGCUCCGGAAAAGUGGAACAAUGAUACUUUACUACAUGUAAUGGGAUUGCUAGCAUUCGGACCACGGACUGGAGUGCAGUCUUAUCAGAAAUUGGCGAACGCGGAACGGUGGGAACAGAUUCUGGAGAUGUUCCGACAUGAGAAUGCCAAAAUCUUCAGACUGUCGUCCCAGUCCGCCUUCAGUACAUGUCUUCAACUUGGUCUAGCCGCCUACAAAACCCCAUUCUGUAGAAGCGAUCCGGAAUCUCGAUGUAUAGUUUGCCGGGAUCUGUACAUGAUAGCGGACGGGCUUCCCUUCUCAAACGUGAAGAACUCGCGUCUGAUCUGCGCCUACAGUGGGGAAUCGCUGGACGAUGAGCACAAUCGGCCUAUUAUGCUUCCCAAUGGGCGAGUUUACGGCGAAAGGGCGAUCAAACAGCUGCUUCGUGACAACGUAAUUAUGUGUCCGAAGACAAGCGAAGUCUUCGCGGCCGAAAAGCUUCUGCGUGUCUACGUAUUGUGA